ACUAUUCAAAUUCCACAAACAAUUCAGUGUCAAAUAUUUUGCUGAUUUUCACUUUAUUUCGAAAACUUGUAAUAUAAACUUUAAAAUGUUAGAAAAUUGGCGAUAUUGGUGUCGAUUUUGUGCAAAAAUUGAUUCCUCAGAUAAUACUUUGAUAAAUGAAACAAAUUCUUUGAAAAAUCAAGUGGAAAUUGUUGGUAAUUUCUUUGGAAUUGCGAACUUAUCUUUUGGUGGAUCUUCAUAUUCUAUUUGCACAAUUUGUAAUGAUUUCCUGAGAAAUUUGGAAAAAUUUAAGGAUCAGUGUCUGAAUGCUAAUGAAAUGUUCAAAGAACUUAUGAAUCAGGAUAAUAUUUCAGACUUAGAACUACGAUCUAUUCGGAUUAAGUACGGCAUUGACGGGAAAGAUAGCAUACUUCCAUCUAAAGUUCAGAGUAAGAAAGUUUUGAUUCCGGAAGAAGAUACUGAUCCACUUCGAUUGGAACUUACGAAGAAUGAUUCGGAAAAUGUAGAAUGUUCAUCAAUAAGAAAGAAACGCGGAAGACCAAAGAAAUCAUUUCAAGAACUGAAUCUCACAAAAAACGAAACUUUGAACGUAAAAUUAGAAAACUUUAAUAAAGAAUCCAAAGAUGAGAAGUCAACAUUCGUUCAAAGGGACGAAAACGAGUUUCCUGGCCACAAUUUAGAGUCCUCAGUAGCCCUUUCUGAAAAUGUGCUAGUUGUUAAAGGAAAUAAGAAAACAAACACCAACAGAGAAAAGUUCAAUGUUUGUGCAAUAUGCUCAAAAACAUACAGUCAAAAGCGUUGGUUGGAAAUUCAUACUCAGAAAAAGCACAAUAAGCAGGAAAAUACUUGCAAAAUUACUAAAAAGUUUGUUUGUUCAAAAUGCCCUAAACAUUUUGUAAAUAGGACAAGAUUGAAGUUCCAUGAAAUCACUCAUUUGCCCAGAAGUGAAAGAUGCAUUAUUCCAUGUCCACAUUGCGACAAGAAGCUCUGUACAAAAGUUAGUCUGUACAAUCACAUAAGAAACAUUCAUACCCAAGAGAGGCCGUAUAUCUGUGAGGAAUGUGGCAAACCUUGUGUUACUAAGUCAUCACUAAAAGAGCAUAAGAUCAGUCACAGUGAAGAACGCACUUUUCAAUGUACGAUCUGUUCGAAAAAGUUCAAAAAUCAACCCCAACUCAAGAGGCACGAAGAAAGGCAUAAAGAUUGUACUUAUAAAUGCUCUAAUUGUGAUGUAAAAUGCAGCACAAUGGCUAAUCUUAGACUUCAUAUGGUCAUUCAUUCUGAUUUUCAUAAAUACAAAUGCAACUACUGUGGAAAAAAGUUCAAACGCCUCAAAAGUCUUAAAGAUCAUCUUAUUCUGCAUGCUGGUUUGCGACCGUAUGAAUGCCAAUUUUGUGAUAGAACUUUUGCAAAUGCAUCAAAUUGUUUGAAACACAAGAAAAUGUCACAUCCAGCAGAGCUAGCAGCUUUUAAAGCUUCUGGUGCCCCAACGAAGACCGCUGUUGUUCCACGAAUCGACAGCCUACAACCGAAUACUUUUCUUUCAGAAUUCAAGGAUCGGGAUUAAUACUCUCUACAGAAGCAGGCUGUCUUUGAUGUCCUUGCUAUUGAAGAUAUAGUUGCCAACUUCUUUGAGAG